AUGAGUGCAGCAGGACUUCUAUCGCUUUCAAUUCUUUGCCUAUUGAAGACCUCUACAUCUUAUUAUGUCGAAUCGCAGUCUGUUCAAUUUCCAUUAAAAAAUAUUCGCCAAUCAAUAAAUUUAAAUCGUUUUGCUGCGAGUGAACAGAAUCUUACUAUUGGUAAAUGCGAGCAUGUGUCUGAUCAAACUAUCGUAAUAAAUAUUCCAAAUUUGGGAAUCGUUCCACCGCCUAAUCCCUACCCAGGAUUUAUCGAGAGUGUCCUAGUCACUUGUAUUAAUCUCGCAUCUAAUGAGAUUUUCCAGGUAGUGCCAGGAUCGUUUGAUUUAUUGCCUAAUCUCAGUUACCUUGAUUUAUCUAAAAAUCGAAUUCAAUUCUGUGAUUUCUUCAACUUCGGUAGUUCUAAUACGCGUUUGGUGACGCUAAUUAUUGAAGAGAAUAAACCUCCAAUCGACAACAUUGACAAAACGAUCGGUAAAGCUAAUUGCUUUCCGCAAUUGCGUUACUUAUACCUGCGUAAAAAUAACAUUCGUAGUCUCAAUUUUUCAUUGAAGAAAGCUUUUCCACUACUAACACAUUUAUUCCUUUCGGAUAACAAUGUGGAUACACAAAAUUUCAUUCGUGAUUUACCUCGAACUCUUUCUCAUCUUUAUCUUGAGCGAAAUCUAAUAAGUUCAUUAGAUUGUAAGAUCAUGAGGGGUCUGCAAUAUCUUCAUCUUGAUGGGAACAUCAUUCAAACAAUUUGCUAUAACAAUUGUCAGGACACGUCCCUUAAAUUAGAAGGGGUUCAUAAAUUGAGCACAUUAACAAUAUCUCAGAAUAGAAUUUUGGACAUCGAAUCGUGUGCUUUCCAAGAUGCCCUUGAACUUAUGAACAUAAAUUUGGCUCAAAAUAAUUUGGAGGAUAUAAAACACGAUACAUUUGAAAAAUUAGUUUUACUGCGGCAGCUAAACAUCGAUGAUAAUUAUUUACGGACUAUUCCAAAUUUAUGCAGAAAUAAUAACUUGAUAAACUUAUCUUUGAAACGGAACAAGCUUCAGAUAAUAAAGCGUCAACAUUUUAAGAAUUUAAGGAAAUUAAAAUGUUUAUUAUUAGGGGGUAAUGAAAUUAAUAUUAUCGAGGCAGGUUCUUUUGAGGAUUUAGAAUCAUUAGAAGAGUUGGAUCUUUCGAAUAAUGGAUUGGACUUUAUACCGCCUGAUUGGCUAAAGUGGCAGUUAAAUUUGCGCACUUUAGAUAUACGUGGCAACAAAUUCAAAUCGUUGGAACAAUUAUCAAUAGUUACGGCACCAUUCUUAAACGUAAUUUAUUUACAGAAUAAUGCAAUCACCCAUAUUAGCGGCUCGAUUGUUUCGAAAUUCUCACCACAUGUUAUGAUUUAUUUACAAAACGACUGUAGUAAUGAAAAGUAUAAUCAAUCAAAUUGCUAUGUUACAUGUAACGACAAAAUUAUAAAAGAUGCUAAUGCUUAUAGUAAGUGGAUUAACAAUGUAUGA